AUGGCCAAAGUGUAUACAUUGCAAGAUACCAAGAGCAUGGAAUCCAAAAAAAUACAAGGGCAAGGGUAUAGGCUCAGUAAUGUCCGUGAACAAGAAUUUGAGGAGGCAUUACAUGAUAGUAUCAAGUCCAAUUCCGAACUCAGUAAUGAUUUCAAAAAUCUCCAGGUGGUAUAUUCAAAGUUUAGUAACAAUAUCAAACAGAAGAAUGCUCAGUUACAGCGCAAUCUGAAGCAGGCUGUUAGUAUACAAAAUACAUUAUCAGAAAAAUCGAGUGAAUUAGAAUUGCUUCAAUCUGAAAUUAAGACAUUGGAAGCUAAAUUAGAUUUAGCACAAAAAGACUCAUCCAUGAAAGAAUCCGAGGUCUUGUCCCUCAAAUCUAAAUUAGCUGAAUUAUCCUUAAAAUUACCAUCAGGAGAAGCAAAGCUUCGGAUCUCUGAUUCAUCUGCAGUUAGUGGAGGCAACAAGAAAAAUAUAUCAAAUGUCUCACAAAAAAUUAUGACACGAUAUAGUAAACAAGAUCUAGAGACUAGGCUUAGAAGAAUAGCAUCAAUACGAUAUCUCAAAAAAAAAUCUGGUAAAAGUGAAUGUGCUAAUGAUGCUGCAGUAGAGAAUAAAUUAAAUGGUAGGAGCAAACCAACAAGACCAACCAGAACUUCUGAUCCUAGUCAGUCAACAACUGAAUUUGAUAGUUAUGGUGGCUCUAAUCCCACUGCUAACCCAAGCACUUCUUAUAGCAAUUAUUCAAAUUCUAACAGUAAUGAUCCAGAACAAAAGCCUUUAUGGAAAAAUAUUGAAAAGAAUUAUUGUUUGGCGAAGAAGAAACGAGAAUUUGAAAGACAACAAGUAGAUCAAGCAGCGAUGGAAAGGGAACAGCAGAAAGAACAAGAAAAAAGAGCCUUAGUUAAAAGUAAAGGACAUGGAGAAUUGCAUUUAGAUGAAGAGACUAAAAAAUUUCACUUUAAUGAUUUAGUAACUAAUUGGGAAAAUAAAGUUGCUUAUAAUCCCAUAAGAGGUGAAUCAGAUCCUAACGCUAAGAAAGAUAAUAAUGCUUUAUUCUAUGGCACUGGUGGAACUGGACCAGCUCUGACACCCCGCAAUGAAGAUUAUAAAAGCGGUAUUGAUCCGCUCAACAAAUUCAUCUUUACUUUAUGUGAUAUUGAAAAUACUUUAGGAGAUGAUUACGGCUUUAUGCAUGAAGAAAACGGAGAAAUUAGAUACAUUCUUUUUGUAGAUGAAUGUGAUAAUGUCUGCACUAAUACUGCUUUAUCAACUGAUUACACUAAAUUAAUCUUUUUAAAAACUUAUAAGUUCAUUAGACAUCCUGACGCCCUUAAGGAACUGGUUGAGGAAACCGAAAGAGAUGAGAAAGACAACGAGGUAGUUACUAAAAAAGGAAUUCAGUUAAGGGAGUUCUUAGAGUUCUUUUGGAGAUUAUCUGAUAGUAAACAAUUACAUAAUUUUGAAGUUGCUACGGCAGCACUUUUUACUGUUCCUAUUUGUGAAGCUAGUUUAAUUCUUAGUCCUACUGCUAGAGGUAUAGCGGGAAAGAUUAUCAACUCUGAUGGUGGUGACAGUGGUAACAAUGCUCUUGAUAGAACUGACAGAGAGAAAAUAGAAAGACUAAGAAAAGAAGCGGAACAAGAAAAGGAAAAAGUAAAACACGACAAUGAGGAAGUAGAUCGUUUAAAUACGGUUAUUAAUAAUUUCCAUGCUAGUGAAGAAGAAAAAAGCAAUGCUAGAAAACACAUAGUAUUACUAGAAGACGAAAAUAAAGACAUUAAAGAGAAGUUAAGUAAAAUUGGUAAAAAAUUGAUGAUCUUGUUAGCAGAAAAAUUUGGAAGCAGUUAUUAUUUUACCGAUUUUAAAAAGUUUCUAAAGAAAAAUAAUUAUGAUCAUAUUUGGGAAGAUCUAAAGAAAGGUAAAAUUGACGAAGAAUAUUUUGAUGCUUUGGGCGGACAAAUGAUAUUUCAGGAAGCUAAUAAAAAAUCUAAUCGUGCUCCUAAAGAAGAACAAGAACUAACUAAUUUAAGAAAUAGACUAAAAGAAUUUGAAAAUAAUACUGAAAAUAAGCCUUUUAAUUAUUUUCCUUGA